UCUGCCAUACAGUAAGUCCACAUAGGCAAAUAUAGUGCAACAUUCAAGUCAUAAAAAUAGGUUGUGAAUGAAGUUGAGGCAUCCAGAGGAAAUGCUUGAAGAAUGCUGCUCAGCUACAAAGCGUGGAGAAUGUGUUAUGGAAAAGCAUAAUGAUCCCAAUUUGAGGUUCAAUAUGCUUUCCCAGCAGGAGGUGGGUCUGGUCCAGCCUGUCCCUGUGCCAAGCACCCAGACCAGGGGACAGUGGUCAAGCAAGCUGGAGUUCCUCCUGGCUGUGGCCGGACAGAUCAUAGGCUUGGGGAAUGUAUGGAGGUUCCCAUAUCUGUGCUACAAAAAUGGAGGAGGGGUGUUCUUCAUCCCUUAUGUGCUCUUUCUGUUCACCUGUGGCAUUCCACUCUUUCUCCUGGAGACCUCCUUGGGCCAGUACACCACGCAGGGCAGCAUCACCUGCUGGAGGAAGAUCUGCCCCCUGUUUGAAGGACUGGGUUAUGGUAGUCAGGUGGUGGUUCUAUAUUCCAGCAUCUAUUACAUCAUCAUUCUAGCCUGGGCCUUCUUCUACCUCUUCUCCUCAUUCAGCUCUGAGCUCCCCUGGGCCAGUUGUAGAAACAGCUGGAACACAGCAACCUGCAUAGAGUUUGACAGAAGAGUAGUGGGACAUUUAAAUUGGACAGUAGCAGGAAACGCAACAUCACCAGUAAGAGAGUUCUGGGAGAGAAGAGUUUUGAGUCUCACAGACAGUCCAAGCAAUCUAGGCAGUGUUCGCUGGGAGCUGGCUCUGUGUCUUCUACUGUCAUGGAUUCUCUGUUACUUCUGUGUCUGGAAAGGAGUGAAGUCUACUGGGAAGGUGGUCUACUUCACUGCCACCUUCCCCUAUCUGAUGCUGGUGGUGUUGCUGGUCCGUGGACUCACACUGCCGGGGGCAAUAGAUGGUAUCAAGUUCUACCUCUACCCAGACCCAGCCCGCCUCACUGACCCACAGGUGUGGAUGGAUGCUGGAACACAAAUCUUCUAUUCCUAUGCUAUCUGCCUCGGCUGUCUGACUGCUCUUGGCAGCUACAACAAGUAUGACAACAACUGUUACAAGGACUGUGUGUACCUGUGCCUGUUGAACAGUGGAACCAGCUUUGUGGCCGGUUUUGCGAUCUUCUCUGUUCUGGGCUUCAUGGCUUAUGAACAAGGGACAGACAUCUCAACAGUGGCCGAAUCAGGUCCUGGCCUGGCAUUCAUCGCCUACCCUCGUGCCGUGGCCAUGAUGCCAUUACCCCAGCUUUGGGCCAUCUUCUUCUUCAUCAUGAUAAUCCUACUGGGUUUAGACAGUGAGUUUGUAGGUCUGGAGGCUUUGAUGACAGCCAUCUCAGACAUGUAUCCCUCCUUCUUCCUGGUUGGCCAUCGGCGUAAAGUCCUCCUCCUCAUCAUCAGUGUGGGUAGCUUCUUCAUCGGCCUGGUCAUGGUCACAGAGGGAGGCCUGUAUAUCUUCCAGCUGUUUGAUUACUAUGCCUGCAGUGGGAUGACUCUUCUUCUCUUCGCUAUACUACAGUCAGUGUGUAUCAGCUGGGUUUAUGGUGCAGACCGUCUGUACGAUAAUAUAGAGGACAUGAUCGGUUAUCGACCAUUACCCAUCAUUAAGUACUGUUUAAAGUAUUUCACUCCAGUCAUCUGCACGGCUACAUUUGUCUUCUCCUUGAUAAAGUUAGCCCCGCUGAAGUUCAACAACACCUUUCAGUAUCCUUGGUGGGGUUCCGCCGUUGGCUGGUGGUUCACUCUCUCCUCCACCCUCAUGGUUCCUCUGUGGAUGGUUUACAUCGUGAGCGUCACUCCUGGUACACUGCGACAGAGACUGUCCAUCCUCACCACGCCGUCAAAGGAUCUCCCCAUGACCAAGGCCCAGAAGAAUUCCCUCUUGGCCAAGCAGUCAGAGCAGUACAGGCCCCUGGGGGACACGGAGAUACCAGCCUGGGGCCACAACCUCCUAGACAGAGACACUGCCCCCCUCUCUCAGCUACCAUCCCUAUAGGACUAGAGAUAAGCAGGUCCAGCGAGUCACUCAAGGUCCUGACAUAAACAAUACAAAUACUUCCCGUUGUGUAACAGAGACUUAUGUGACCCUUUGCCUCGUCUGAGAGGCUUGGAAAAGUAUAGAACAUAAUCCACCCCAUGCCUCUACAUACACUAUUUCCUGUAUGUAGAGCUAAUGAGACGUAGAAGCACUGGUUAUGGGAAGUCUUGGUGUGAAAAAAGAGAUGCGGUCAUUCUGUUUGGCCCAGAAAACCCUGAAUGAAUAGAAUUGCAGGUCAAUCUUGCUGACUCAUGUCAGAAUGAGGAGAAACAUAUUGAGUAAGGUCCGGCACAAAAUAUGGACCUUUGCAGUUGUCCUUUAAUUAACCAGGACUGUGGUCAUGGCAGAGUAAUGGAUGAAUGGAUCAAACACCUGUCACACAACAUGGUGGAAACAAAAACAUGACAUUUAUGCUAUUAGUCCCUGUUGGUUAACUGAGUCUGUAUAUACAAGUGAACAAACUCUUUUUUUGAAGAUACAUUUUUAUCUUUGGGUGGGUUUAAUAAUCAUAUACUUGUAUAGUUUUUUCUACUACUAUGUAAUUUCUUAAGACUUUGUGAAGAAUGACAUUUGUGAAAAAAUAUUGAUGGUUAAAGAGAAGGGAUUGUGUUGAUACAUAUAUUGUCACGCCCUGGUGGUAGUAUAUUGUGUUUGUCUUUAUUUGGUCAGGCCAGGGUGUGACAUGGGUUUAUUGUGGUGUGUUUUGUCUUGGGGUGUUGUUGGGUGUAUGGCUUAGUGGGGGUAUCUAGCAUAGUCUAUGGCUGUCUGGAGUGGUUCUCAAUCAGAGGCAGGUGUUUAUCGUUGUCUCUGAUUGGGAACCAUAUUUAGGCAGCCAUAUUCUUUGAGUAUUUCGUGGGUGAUUGUUCCUGUGUUUGUGUUCACCAGAUAGUCUGUAUAGGUUUUCGCACAUUUAUUGUUUUGUUUAGUUAUUUCAUGUUGAGUUCCUUUUCAUUAAAGAACAUGAAUAACCACCACGCUGCAUUUUGGUCCGCUUCUCUAUCGACAGACGAGAACCGUUACAUAUAUAGUAGAAACACUGUAAAAUACUGUGAUUUGAUGCCAAUAUCAAUAAACUCAUCAAACCUUG